GAAGAAAACCCCAAAUAAUACUAAUGUAAAUAAACAAAAAGGUUAAGUGCCAAAAAGGGAAAUGAAGAAAACAAGCUGUAAAAUACAGUGAUAAAUUGUUUAAACAACAAAAGUGCAGUGUAAUUCACAGCAAAUAAUGUUUUGAAUUUAUCACACACACACGCACACACAAAAGAAAGCAAACAAAUUACUUGAUUCCUGUUUUGGAAUAAAUUAAAAAUGUAUACAAAUUAAAAUAAAAUAAAAAAAACAAAUCUUCGUCCAAUAGAAAAAAAUCGAAAAACAAAUUUUUGAAGGUGACAAAACAACAGCAACAACUGACGAAUGUCAAUAACUUGGCUGCAUUUGAUUUUGAAAUAAAUUACGAGACAAAAAAAGACAUCGUUUUCGCAGGAAAAACAAAUUAGGAAAAAAGUAAUAAUAACAACAAAUUAUUGUUUAAACAAAUAACAACAACAAUUAAAAAAAAUACCAACAACUUUAAUAAAAAUAACAAACACAUCAAAUCAAGCAUUUCAAUUAUUUGUUUCUUAACAUAAAUAUUCAAUACCGCAUCAAUCAACAGCCAAUAUCGUAAUUGGCAAAGUCAUUUCAAGUUUUUUUUUUAUUAUUUGCGGUUUGGGAAAAAAUUCCGAUUUUCCAAAAACCAAAAGUGAGAAGAAAGGAAAAAAUUGAAAAUAACAACAACAGCAGCAGCGGCAAAUUUAUCACUUUAAUCAUAAUUGAUGAUCAUCUUUAUAAAUAGUCGUUGCCUUCAAGAUACAUAAAGGUAUCAACAUUGCGUCUCUGGGCCAACAAACAGUAAUCACCAUCAUCAAUAAUAGUCGAGGCAACGGCAAAGCCAUUGAUACCAUAAGCCAAAAUAAUAACAAUACGAAUAACAACAACAACAAUAAUAAUAGUACCAACAACAACAAUAACACCAGCGAGGGCAAAGUCACACGAAGUAAAUCAUUCAAAAUGGGUCGAUGGGGUCGGCAAAGUCCCGUCCUAGAGCCAGAGCCGCCGCCACCAGCAUCCCCACCACCUCUGCCGCCACGUCACCAUGCCUUCAUGCGUCAGUCGAGUUUUACCAAAAUUGGCAAUAUGCUCAACACAGCCAUGAAUGGAACCAAAAAACCUCAAAGUAAUGGAGAAGCUAGUUGGUGCUUCUCACAAAUAAAAGGAGCCUUAGAUGAUGAUGUUACCGAUGCAGAUAUCAUUUCCUGCGUUGAAUUUAAUCACGAUGGUGAGUUGCUGGCAACUGGUGAUAAGGGUGGACGUGUCGUUAUUUUCCAGCGCGAUCCUGCAUCGAAAACGGCAAAUCCACGACGUGGUGAAUAUAAUGUCUAUUCGACAUUCCAAUCGCAUGAACCCGAAUUCGAUUAUCUCAAAUCGUUAGAAAUCGAAGAGAAAAUCAACAAAAUUCGAUGGUUAAGAAGAAAAAAUCCUGCACACUUCCUGCUUUCGACCAAUGACAAAACCGUUAAAUUGUGGAAAGUCAGCGAGCGCGACAAAUCCUUCGAGGGCUAUAAUACAAAAGAGGAGAACGGCCUAACGAGGGAUCCACAAAACAUUACCGCCUUACGAGUUCCUUCUGUUAAACAAAUCCCUCUGAUGGUCGAAGCAUCACCCAGACGCAUUUUUGCCAACGCCCACACCUAUCACAUCAAUUCGAUUAGUGUUAAUUCAGAUCAAGAGACUUAUUUAUCGGCAGAUGAUUUACGAAUCAAUCUGUGGCAUUUGGAAGUAACCGAUCAAAGUUUCAAUAUUGUCGACAUCAAGCCGACAAAUAUGGAAGAAUUGACCGAAGUGAUAACAGCAGCUGAAUUCCAUCCAACCGAGUGCAAUGUCUUCGUGUACUCAAGUUCAAAGGGCACAAUACGUUUGUGCGACAUGCGUUCGUCGGCAUUGUGCGAUCGGCACAGUAAACAAUUCGAAGAGCCAGAGAAUCCAACAAAUCGUAGUUUCUUUAGCGAGAUCAUUAGUUCAAUAAGCGAUGUGAAAUUAAGCAAUUCGGGUCGUUAUAUGAUCUCAAGAGAUUAUUUGAGUAUUAAAGUAUGGGAUUUGCAUAUGGAAACAAAGCCCAUUGAAACGUAUCCGGUCCACGAAUAUUUGCGGGCUAAGCUAUGUUCUUUAUAUGAGAACGAUUGCAUUUUCGAUAAAUUCGAAUGUUGUUGGAAUGGCAAAGAUACCUCAAUAAUGACCGGCAGUUAUAAUAACUUUUUCCGUGUAUUUGAUCGUAAUGCGAAAAAAGACGUUACUCUAGAGGCCUCCCGAGACAUUAUCAAACCGAAGACGGUGCUAAAGCCACGCAAAGUUUGCACUGGCGGCAAACGAAAAAAAGAUGAAAUCAGUGUUGAUUGUUUAGAUUUCAAUAAGAAAAUUCUACACACCGCUUGGCAUCCGCAAGAGAAUAUAAUCGCUGUGGCAGCCACCAAUAAUUUGUUCAUAUUUCAGGAUAAAUUCUAGCCUACAUUCAUUUAUUAUUAUUACCACUACUACUACUACAAACAAUAUUUUGUUAUUAUGAUGUACUCUAUAAUAUACCACACACACUUUGAAACAAAAACAACAACAAGAAAUCCAAACAACAAAAAACUCUUUCCUCCUUCAAAAUAAGAAAACAAAAACUGAAAAGAAAAGAAAACAAAACAAAACAACCACUAAAAUCAACAACAAAAAGCCUUUCUAUUCUUAGAUUUCUUAAAGGAACAAAAGAAAAUUCAAAAAACAAUUAUUAUUAUUAUUAUACAUAAAAAAUGAAUAUUUUUCUAUUGCAUCAAUACUAAAAUUUAUUUUCUGUUCUGUUCCCCACACAACACAACUGUUCUUAAGUUAUAUUUUUUUUGCCCCACCAUUAUUUUGUUGUAAUAUUUUGUUUCUUUGCUACUAAGUUGAUUUUUUUCUCCACCCUAGCCUAACCUCAAAGCUCUUGAUAAAUUUCCAAAAUUGUUUUUCAAACUAGAAAAUAAAGCUUUAUAAAUAUUCUUUAAAUAUAAUUCUAAUCCUGUCUGCCCUCCCUAACUGUCUAACUAUCUCUCUUUUCCCCCUCUUCUCCCUCUCCACAUCCACUCUAUAUAUCUCAUUGUCUAUUCUAUAAUUAUUUUUAUUAUUAUAUUAUUAUUAAAAAACAUAUGCCAUAGUGUCAAAAACAAAAACAAAACAAUGCCUUUUUCUAAAAAAACAAAACCAACAAAACAAAAAACAUACAACAACGUACUCUUAAAUAUUUUUGUUUUUAUAGGAAAUACUUUAAUUUUAUAAAAAACUCAAGUGAAAAAGAAAACAAAAAAAAAAUUAAAUAAACAUUAAGCAUAAUAAUUAUAAGCGUUUCUUUUUAAAAGAAAAAAAAACGCUUAGUUUUUUUGUAAUGUUAAAAUAACAAGAUAAAAACAAACAACAAAUUACUUGAAACAAAAAACCAAACAAAGCAACAAAAAACAAAUUAUUAUUAUAAUAAAAUAUUGAAAAGGAAAACAAAAAAAAAAGAAGCAGAAUAAAA